AUGAUGAGUUCGCCGAGCGAGAUAAACACCAAUAAUUAUGGUGUGCUUCUGUACCCUAUUCAGCAGCCUAUAAGCAACUUUCCGAUUAAUGAUCCCCACCAUCAAUGGCAAUUCAACUAUUAUAAUCAGCAUCCUCCAUUAACACAAUCCAUACCAGUGAUCAGAGAGCCGUCGAUCGUUAUCCCUACACCAUCGUCAAUUCCAAUAUCCGUACCAAAUGAAGCAUCGAAUAUACCACACCAUCACACAGAUAUGCGAAAUGAAAACGAAAGACCAGUUUCGGCACAGCCGAAGCAAAGUCAGUCAAAGGUCAAGAAUACCACUUCACAAGAUUCUACAAAUAAAAAGAAGAAGCCGCUGACCGUGUUGAGAGAACUAAGCACGGAACAUCUUGGAGCAAUAAAAGCUACUUUUGAGAGAGCUCUUCAUGAACAUUGCUUGCCGAAGACGGAUCACGAGCAACAUAUGAUCAUUUACAAUCGUUUACGGGAGAUUAUCCUUAGCGAAAGACCAGACGCACGGAUCAUUUUAUAUGGCCCAUCAUCAUGCGAAUGUUGUUUAAAAGAGGAGAAUACUAUCGAGAUUGAUAUUGAAUUUAAGGAAACUUUACCUUAUGAAACCUUAAAAGAAUUACUCGAAAUUGUUCGUCGUUCAGUACACUUCAAAAAUGUUCAUCUCAACACCGAUUGCGACCCGUUAUCAGUAGAUCUAUCGGUGAUCAACUCAAAUAUCCUAGUGCGAUUGACGGCAAAUAAUACACGCGCCGUUCGAUUGUCCCAAAUAAUUCAAAUCUAUACAAAGUUUGAUGAACGUGUACUUCCAUUACUGCGUCUCUUUCGAAUCCUAGCAAAAAUAUGUAAUACAGACAAACCUGAUCUUGGAACUUUUCAUCCAAUGGUCUUUGACUUUCUGGCCAUUUAUUUUCUUCAACAACUCGAUCCAUGCGUUGUCCCAUGCCUUCAUGAAUAUGUAUACGGCAUAGAGAAAGUGCCAUUCAUAUUGAACAAUGACCAAUAUCCGGAUUUUUUUCAAAAAUGCAAUGCAUACGUCGAUCAAUGGAAAUCAAAAAAUAGCGCAUCUACCGAGCUGCUCUUUCUUCAAUUACUCUCCUUCUACACUGAAAAAUUCCAUAAAAAACGAUUCAUUGUUUGUAUACAAACACGAAUGCCUGUUAAAAAAAUUGCAAGACAAAUACACAACCAAAAACUCUUUUGCUUGGAUCCGACAUCACUCAGUCGAAAUUUAUGCUACACCAUGAAAGCGAAUCGUUCAUUUCAAUACUUUCAACAUACACUUAAAACAGCUCUCAACUACUUUUGCCAACAACGAAAGGAUGUAGAUGGUGCUGACAUUCCGCCGAAAGAACUACUUCGCGCGAUAGAGAAAUCCUACAGCUUACUUAUUGAACAUUUUCCAAAAGAAAACAGUUACUGGGAUCGUGUACAACAAGAAGAUAUACGAGAAGAUUAUAAGAGAAGGUUCGACCAUAUAGAGCAUUCAUUACACGAACCGAACGACAAAGAAAAAGUUUCGUCUACAAAUAAUCCAGUUGAAGAGGAUCAGUCGUUUAAAUCUGAAUUGGAGAGUUCUUACGGCGAAAAAUUACUUUCACUAAAAGAUCUUUGCAUAGAUCUCAAUAGAACUCAGAAAGAAAUUCUAUGUAAAGAAUACGAACAGCAAGUUAAACUGUUCAAUGCUGCAAUCCUACAGAUAGUAAAUAAUAUCAAAUCAAUAACAGAACCUACGACACUUUUGUAUGAUAUGCAAGCGCAAAAUUUUGGCGCUCGCCAAGGUGCACCACCUGUAUGUACGAUAUGUCAUGAGAGUGAUCAUACUAAAUCUGAUUGUCCGGAAUUAAUUCUGCCCGAAAUGGUUAAUUGUCCUGCAAAUAGUAGAGAAUGGCUUGAUACACUUUCGCGUAUAUGUCAACAAGUGACUGGUCAAUGUAAACCGACGAAACAAGACGCAAAAAAUCGUCAAGACAUUUUGAAUUAUCUGCAAACUGAGUUUCGAAAAUCUUAUCCUUCUUGUUCUGUUCAUGCGUACGGAUCAUCUCUUAAUGGAUUUGGGCUUCGACAGAGUGAUCUAGAUAUCUGUGUUCUAUUGACAGACAAUUACGAAGAGUUGGACAUUGGUAUUUUGGAGAAGUUAUUUCAAAUUAUGCGUUCAACUCCUCAUGUGUUCAGAGAUGUGGAAUUCGUACGCGAUACAAGAGUGCCUAUUAUUCGAUCGAUACAUUCUCCAUUGAAUAUUGAAAUUGACGUUACUCUUCAUAAUGUCUUUGCGAUGGAAAACACUCGUCUACUGAGAGUCUAUUCGAUGAUCGAUUCACGUGUGCCUCAACUUGGAUAUAUGGUGAAACAUCUGGUCAAGAUAUGUGACAUUGGAGAUGCAAAAUUCGGAACGUUAUCAAGCUAUGCGUAUAUUAUUAUGUUAAUACAUUUUCUACAACAAAUUCAACCACCUGUCCUUCCUGUUCUUCAACAAUUAAGCGACAAGAAUUCCAAGGAAAAUAUCGUUAUUCGAGACGGCAACAGAUGGAAUGUAUAUUUCUACGAUAACAUAUCAAACUUAAGACAGGUUUGGAUAAAUAAGUAUGGGCCAAAUACAUUAACAACCGGUGAACUAUGGAUUGCCUUUUUACGAUACUACGCUGAUCAAUUUGAUUACGAAAAACAUGUUGUUGCCAUACGACAAAUUGAACCGUUGACACGUGAUGAAAAAGGAUGGUUUCAUCGAACGAUUGCCAUUGAAGAUCCAUUCAUACUGACGCAUAAUUUAGCCGAGAGACUGUCGUUGCAAAAAUGGACUUUUAUUCGUCGCGUGUUUAUUCGAGCUAAAAUACAAUUCUCCACACAAUUGAAUGACACUACUAUUCAUCAAUAUAAACUUGGUUGGAUACAGAAAUACUUAUUUGAUGUGAAUUUUCUCUGUCCCGAGAGGAUCUAUAAACCCGUAGAAAAGUCUGCCAAUAAGAAUAAUAAAAAAGCUAAAAAAGUCGAACAAAGUAAUAAACCGUUAAGACCUUUGAUGGGAAUCGAUAGGAAUCUAACUGUUGGCAUCCCGAAUCAGUCAGCGGCUGCUCGAUCAACGGCUCAAUGA